CUGUCGGCGUGCCGGCGCGGAGUCUUUAUUUACCCGUCCCGUGCGGCCCUCACUCUUGUGUGCCAUCACUCCCAUCGCCUCCCCUCUUUUCCUCGCUCGCCGUUCCCCGUGAAGUGAUUGGCAGAUUGCUUCUCCCUCCGCCGGGAUCUCUCCGUCUCCAUGGCUGCGAUGUGCAGGGCCGCCGCGAGGCAGCUCGUCGACCGGGCCGUCGGAUCCAGGGCCGCGCACACGUCCGCGGGCAGCAAGAAGAUCGUGGGCGUGUUCUACCAGGCCGGCGAGUACGCCGACAAGAACCCCAACUUCGUCGGCUGUGUUGAGGGGGCCCUCGGCAUACGCGACUGGCUCGAGUCCAAGGGGCAUCACUACAUUGUCACCGACGACAAGGAGGGGUUGAACAGCGAGCUGGAGAAGCACAUUGAAGACAUGCAUGUUCUGAUAACCACCCCAUUCCACCCAGCCUAUGUUACUGCAGAGAGGAUCAAGAAGGCAAAGAACCUCGAGCUGCUUCUCACAGCUGGGAUUGGCUCAGACCAUAUUGAUUUGCCAGCUGCUGCUGCUGCAGGCUUGACAGUGGCUGAGGUUACUGGGAGUAACACUGUCUCUGUGGCAGAAGAUGAGCUCAUGCGCAUCUUGAUUCUGCUCAGGAACUUCUUGCCUGGCUAUCAACAGGUCGUUAAAGGUGAAUGGAAUGUUGCAGGCAUUGCCCAUAGGGCUUAUGAUCUUGAGGGGAAGACCGUCGGAACUGUCGGGGCAGGUCGUAUUGGCAGGCUCUUGCUUCAGCGCCUUAAGCCCUUCAACUGCAACCUGCUCUACCAUGACAGACUUCAGAUCAACCCAGAGCUUGAGAAAGAAAUUGGGGCGAAAUUUGAAGAGGACCUGGAUGCUAUGCUUCCAAAGUGUGAUGUCAUUGUGAUCAACACACCUCUAACUGAGAAAACUAGAGGCAUGUUCAACAAAGAAAAGAUUGCAAAGAUGAAGAAAGGUGUAAUCAUCGUGAAUAACGCUCGGGGAGCAAUCAUGGAUACCCAAGCAGUUGCUGAUGCUUGCUCCAGCGGUCACAUUGCUGGAUAUGGAGGUGAUGUCUGGUUCCCCCAACCCGCACCCAAGGAUCACCCAUGGCGCUACAUGCCUAAUCACGCAAUGACCCCUCACAUCUCUGGAACUACAAUUGAUGCACAGCUGAGGUACGCGGCUGGAGUGAAGGACAUGUUGGAUAGGUACUUCAAGGGCGAGGACUUCCCCGCGGAGAACUACAUCGUCAAGGAAGGCGAGCUCGCCAGCCAGUACAAGUAGUAACCCAACCCCUCCGGAGCUGCUUGUCAACAUAUCUGAAGCGAGGUGCGAGAGAAGAAACCAUUGUGUUGUUGUAUGAGUGUUCUCUGAGAACUGAAAUAAUGGAUGUCUGCCUGGGGUUGCAACCAUGGUAGUGAAUAAAAAGACUUUGGGAUCAA